AUGUCGCCAAAUGAAGAAGCUGAACAGGAGUAUAUGUCAAGGUGGAAAGUUAUCUGCAGUGCAGCAAAGGAGCAACAAAAGAAAGAAAUCAAAGAUUUGAAUGGAGUUCUGUGUGACUUUGGGACAGUGAAACCAGCUGCAGGCGCAGAAAAUGAUAGUCGUUUCAGUUUUGGAUAUGCUGACCCUUUUUAUGUAGCUCAUGGUAUAGCCUCAGAAGAGGUCGAUAUUUACAGUAUGGGGAUCAUAAUUCUACAGUUGGUCAGUCAAUGGGAAGAUGUUACUGUAAGACAGAGACCGGAGGACAAUAGCCGGAUUAAGAAGUUGAAGCAGUGGCUUGGAAAGGAAAAAGACAAUUCAGCAGAUGAGGAGGAGUAUAAUUUUGUUUUUUGGUGUGAAGAAAAAAACAAAAGGAAAGGGCAUGUUGUCCAUGAGAGACUUAUAAGCAAUGGAUGCAGUAAGAAGGAUGCGAGAGCAAUAACACAACUGGGAUUGGAUUGUGUCCAUCGUGAGCAGAGUGUGCGUCCAACCAUUGAUCAAGUAAUUGAUGUCUUACAGCGAUUGAACCAGAGGCGUGGGUGUCUAGCAAUUUUUUGA